AUGCCCCGUUCUUUAAUCCAUUAUGUCCAACAUUCAUUUCAUUUGUUUCCUUUCUUCACUAGCUAUCUAUCGGGGAACAAACUCAGAUACUUCCCACAAGGAAUUUUUAAAGGCUUAAAAGAGCUUUUGAUUAUGUAAGUAGACUAUGAAAUUCUUCAAGUGAGUAAUAAGCUUUGAAAUAACCUAUAACGAUCAUGACAUUUGAAUGCAUUUAAUUUCACCUUUAAAUGAUUAUUUACACAUCAAUGUCGAAAUAUUUUACCUUCCCUGUUACUCUAUAUGAUUAAGUUUCACUUUCUUUUUGUUAGAGAAAUUGUUGAAAACGAAAUGACUCAUGUCUCCAUCGACAACUUCAAAGAAAUUAAACAGUUAAAAAUUCUGUGAGUGUUAUAAUUAAUCAAGUGAUGACCAAGUUGUGAAACGGACCUUGUUACCUUAAGGUGUAAUAUUUCACAAUUGAAACAUUAUGAAAACACUUCAAAUCGAUGCUUUUAUUGUAAAAGCGGAAAUGCUUUCCUGACAGCAGAUUGAUUAUUUGCUGAGUGAGAGUAAGUUUGUAAAGAAACUUUAGUGCUGCGUCGGCGCAGGGCAUUUCAAGAUAUUUGGUGUCAUUCUACAUCGCAACUCUGAUUGGUUGAGAGCGUACAGUCAAUAUACAAAAGCGUGUGAAGUUGACAUGAUAACCGAUAUAUCCAUCAGGUAUUGAGUUAUCAUGUGGAGUUCAAAGUCUGACUAGUUUCCAAGCCCCUCGUCAGUGUAACGUCCUGAAACUUUUGCAAAGUCAGAGAGAAAUGUCUUCUUUCUCAGAGUUUUUUAAAAAUGUACAUUAAAACAGAUAAUGAUUUCGCUUUUCCCAUGAUAUCAUGGGCUGCAAAACCCUGUGUCUGCUUUAAAUGCCUCAGCCUCCGCCUUCGGGAGAUAACCCAGACUUCAGCAUUAUGAUAAUAUCAUGACCAAUCUUAUCCAAUGUUUAAUUAUUAUCAAGUGAGUUAGCGAUGUAAAUUGGCCACCCUGAAUAGCCUCAAAAGCGGACGCCUGAGCAUUAGCCCUUCGUACAAGAAUAGAGGAAUUGUAAGUUGUAGGUGGUUUAGAAACAGGAAAAGACGCUUCGCGAUUACAGGGAACCUGAUCAUGAAAUAAACACGAAUAAAUUAGUUAAAUGAAAGACUUCGUUGACAUUGUGGGAUUAAGAGAGCCUAUUUGAAAGAUUAAUUUUUGUUGUGGAGUUUUGCGGCUUUUGAUCACUACAUUUUAAUCUCCUAAUUUAAUUUCCAGGUAUAUGCAGUAUAACAAGAUGAGGGAGAUUCCAUAUGGUUUUUUCGAUAUGUUGAAGGAUAUACAACGAGUGUAAGAUUUUGAUAAAAUUCAUUCGCAAAUUAUUAGUUUUUGAGCAAAGCUACACAUUUUGAGUAGACAACAUUUUGGGGAAACUCAAGUUUUUGCAAAAAGAAUUGAAGAUUUGGAUUCUUAAAAAAAAUAUUUUGUAUAAGUCAAUGGAGAACUCCAGCCAUCAGUUACUGAUAUAUGCUUAAAAGCAAGUUCUGUGAAGUUUUAAUGAAAUAACUUCAGUGGAUGAUAUUUUACAAUUGUAGGAGUCUCGACACAAAUCUGAUGUGUUGUCAUAUGCACAAGGAGGACGCUGACUGUGCUUUCACGUACAACGACGACUUUGCCAACUGUGAGAGCAUGUUUAAGAAUUCUGCCCCAAGGAAGAGUAUCUGGGUGAUAGGAGUACUUUCUCUGGUUGGUGCAGUGUUUGUUGUCACUUGGCGAGUGAUCUUUAAAGAAAAGAACGUGGUUCAGUCCAUCAUGUUGCUCCACUUAGCAGUGUCCGAUGGUUUGAUGGGUAUUUACCUGAUCUCUCUUGGCACUAAAGAUUUGUUGUGGAGAGGAGAGUAUUACUUGCAUGACUUCCAGUGGAGGUCUGGUUUGUCUUGUCAAAUAAUUGGAGCGAUUUCCCUUCUGUCAAGUGAGGUUUCGGUUAUGAUGAUGACACUGAUAUCUGCUGAUCGGCUUAAAAACAUUGUGUUUCCUUACCAAGGUGCUUCUCUGAAAUCAAAGGCAACACAUAUGCUGUGCAUCAUCAUAUGGGCAGUUGGCUUCCUUAUGGCCUUUUUGCCUAUGUUUGGUGUUCAGUAUUUUGAAGACCCAUUCAGGUACCAUAGUUACUAUGGUAGAAGUGUGGUAUGUCUGCCCUUGCAGCUUACUUCUGAUAAGCCGGCAGGUUGGGAGUAUUCUGUUGCUAUCUUUCUCGCUUUGAAUUUUGCUUUUUUCUUGUUCAUCAUGGGUGCUUAUCUCAUGAUACUAGUCAAGUCUUACUUGUCUAGCCGGCGACUGGCCCGUCAGGGUACUGAAAGAGAGAUCCAGGCCAGAAGAGCAAACUUUAGGAGGGAAACGGCUCUUGCAAGGCGGGUGUUCUUCAUCAUCCUGAGUGAUUGUGUGUGCUGGAUGCCGGUGAUAGUGAUUGGUAUGAGGACCAUCAUCGAGAAGUCUUACGAAGCGCAAGGAGACCUCGCUGUCUGGAUUGCUGUAUUUGCCCUUCCGAUCAAUUCGGCCUUGAAUCCUAUCCUGUACACCUUGUCAACAGAACAGGUGCGUUAUGCGCUUUUAACCCAUUAUAAGUAAUCAAGAUAAUAAAAUCCGUAAGUAGACUUAUAACGGCUGGGUACAGGAAGGGUAAUGGUUUUCAGCCGACUAUAAGCAGUGUAUAAUAGCGCUCAAGACUGCUUUGUUCACCUGCAAUUGAUACUGACAAUGUUUCAAAAGCAUUGGAUAGCAGAAAUUCGUUAGUUUCUAUUUUGUCAUCGGAACUCAGCUAAAGGCAGUGAGCGAAAUCUCGAUCAGUUUUGGCUAUUUUGUAUCCAGGUCAGAGGCAUUCUGAAGAGCAAAAUGGACAAAGUCUGGAACUACUUGAAGACCGUUUUCACCUGCUGUGGUCGGGAUCAGGAAGGUGCGAUACAAUUAUAAGCUCCUGAUAAGAAAUAAACCGAAAAACGAUGUAAACUAACAGAUUGCUGCAAACACAGUUUAUUGAUCUAUUGAUUUGUUCAUUCAGUCACUCAGUCAUAAAUCAACUCACUCAUGCAUGCAUAGAGGCAUUCAUUUAAUCAUUUACUCGCUCGUUCGGUCCAUCGUUCUUUUAUUGGUCGGUUCAUUUGUUGUACGAACUAAAUAUUUCCCGACUCGAUCAUUGACUUUUCUUCGUUGUUUUCUUUAAAAGGCCAAGGAGAUGGGGAACAACCGAACCAACCGGGAGCAGAAGACAAUGGACAACAUGGCGGCGAGGGAGGUAGAUCCUUACCCGUAUUUCUAGAAAUACCGUGAAAACUAUAAACGAGGGAAAUAAAGGGCAAUCUGUGACUAAAAAUAUUUUUUAUGUCUUCUCUCUUCUUUUUAUGUUCCCUGUUUUUUUUUUUUUUUUUUAAUUUUAAAAUUAAAGGCCAAGGAGAGGGAGAGCAAGUUAACCAGCACGGAAUGGAAGAAAAUGUAGAACAUAGGGGCGAGGGAGGUAAAAACCUUUCAGAUGUCAGUUAACAUAUCAUACAAAGUUCAAACGAGGGCGCAGGGUUAGUCUGUGUACAUUUUUUAUCUACUUUCUCUUUUCAAGGACAAAUUGAGGGUGAAGAUAUCGAAUUGGCGAGUGUUGGUGUGCAUCAUCCACAACAGGGUAAGGUUAGAGUUUCUAAUUCAAUG